UCGGGAAGUAGGAUAGCUCACACUUGAAACAGAACGCACCUGAUAUCUGCAUUUAAAAACUCCUGUAUUAUUGGAAUGGAAAAACCAACACGAGCGCGCUGAAUUUGCUUUGGAAAGCUCAUAGAGCUUCACAUUUAUCCGCCAGCCGAAAGUGCCACUGAACUAAUGGAGGACAAGAGGAAGAAAAGGAGUCCCAAAGUGUCCCUUCCCCAGCCGCCUCCUCCUCCGAUCAACCCACGGAAGCUCUCUGUUCUCCAGGCGAGUAAGAGUGCCACAUUCACGCUGGGUCUGCCGCAGCCUCCCUCUCCCAAACACAGGGGCAAGUACAAGAGAUCGGUGGGGGCAAUGGGUCCAUCUAAAGAAGCCCUUGCUGUUCCGAUUGUUCCCCCCAAAAAUACAAGGCCUCACAGAGACAAACCCAGAGCUCCUCAGCCUGCUGGGCCCAGCCAUGUGUCCCAGUCCUCCUCACCCCUCCAGCACUCAUUUCUCACAGACGUCUCUGAUGUGAGAGAGAUGGAAGGAGGACUCCUCAACCUACUCAAUGACUUUCACUCUGGAAAACUGCAGGCUUUUGGUAAGGUGUGUUCCUUUGAACAGCUAGAGCAUGUGAGGGAGAUGCAGGAACGUCUGGCCCGACUACACUUCAGCCUGGACAGUCACGUGGAGGAGCUGUCAGAGGACCAGAGAAAAACUGCAUCAGAUCGCAAUCUGGAACACCUGCUCUCUAAUCUGGAAGAAUUGAGCAGCUCAAUACAGAAACUUCACCUGGCAGAAAAUCAAGACUUGCCCAAGACCUCCAACAUCUGAGUGGAAAGCCAAACUCAGCUGACCAUCAAAACACUGUGCAAACAAAAGCCCAAGUUGCCAUGGCUAAACUUAACUGCAAGAACUAAAAUGAGUGCCGUCAUUGUGAUCUGUGGCUAAAUGCUAUAUUAAGUAAUGACAACAACAUCAAAGCACAUUCACCAUCUGAAUGAAAUUGAAUUUAAUUUCUUUUGACACUUCCUUUUUCAGAACGUCCUGAUCUUCGCAUUUCAAUAUGAAAACUUACUUUGAGAUUACUUUGAUUUUUAUUUUGUUGGUCCUUAUACCUAAAAGGUCAUUUUUUGUUGCAGUUCUUAAAGCAUAUAUAUGUUUGUUUGAACAGAUAGUAAUUGUAGUUUAGUUAAGAAUUGCAUGGGCUGAUUUUAAAGGUUCAGCCCUGGUAAAAAAAAAAAAAAAAGAAGACUUUUAGACUUUAUAAGACUGACUGAAUAAUAUAACUUAACUUGAUUCUAUAAUUCUUAGAUACUCAGUGGCAGAAAUCAGCACAUACAUUUUUAUUUUAUAGUUGUUAAUCAGUGUUCACUAAUGUAAAUUAGUGAUGGGUAGUCGAUUCCAAAAGAGUCAAUUCCUGACUCUGAUACAGGAAUCGAUUCUUUUGUUAGACUCCGUAACUUUACAAACUGGAUGUUGUAAUUGGCUCAAAAUAAUGAAUAGGCAUUCUUAAGAACCAAUCACAUCCUCUACAAACACCUGUUGGUUGGUGAGACCCCACUUCAUUCAUCAUGUGCAUUUGAGUGAGAGGUUAUGUGCAUACGUACAAAAGAGAGAGAGGGUGUGACAGAUUUUAAAACUUUCGGAAGUUUGUGUAGUACUACAUCAAUGCAAGGGACAGUGGUUGGAGAAGUGGAUUCUCCCAAUUUGUCUAGUUUCUAUAUGAUGAUGAAAUUAUUUCCGACCCAGCCUGUUUCUUGUCAUUUUCCCUCUUAAAAUUUGAUAUGAGCAGCAACUAGGAAAUGACAGUAAAGUUAUGCAAUGUCUCUAAUUGUAAUAGCAGGAGUUUAUGUCUUCAUGUUACACAUUUUAAAAACUCUUAAGAGAAAAUAAAAACUAAAUUUAGUGUGCGAUUAAAGACUGCAAUCUUCACAGGGACAUCGCCAGAACAUAUGGAAUAGGAAACACUAUUAACUUACAGAUAAGCUAGUGAUAUUUUAUCAAAGCAAUAACCACACCAAUAUAUCUUAAUUAAACAAACUGCUAUAGUCCGUUGUGGUCAAGACUGUUGGGUUUAAAAAGCUGCCGUUUUAAAAUUUUCACCAUAUAUUCCAUAAAAAAGCGAUUUCACGUACCAUAUUGUAAGUUCCAUUUAAAAACAACAGUCCAAAUUAAUUAUAUUUUUCUUUUAUUACAUCUCUAUAAUAUGCCUAUUAAUAGUUGUUAAUUACGAUUAUGUACGUAACCUCGGUUCCCUGAGACGAAGGGAACGAGACAUUGCGUGCUAACGCAUAUGGGGAGUUGUCCUUCCACAUGACCUAGUUGAAACCUCUCUGCAAUAACACCAAUAUUCUAAUAUUGGCUAUGGUGUUUGAGCCUCGCCAGAAUUUUCUUACUGAGGGACAAGGAGUGCAUCGCUCGCACCUCAGGAGAACUCUGAGUCUUGUAGUGCAGCCAGCGUUCGCAAUGUCUCCUUCCCUUCGUCUCAGGGAACCGAGGUUACGUACGUAACCGAGACGUUCCCUUACGACUCAGUACACGUGACAUUGCAUGCUAACGCAUAUGGGGAACAGAGUUCCAUCAUGCCGUACUACACGACAUAAAAAUCCAGAGAGGAAAGACGCCGCCGCAGUCCCGCGGGAUGACAACCAACAUGAGUAUGCCACAAGUGUGUGACCCUCAUGCUGGGCCAGGAGGGGAGCACUCAGAAUGAAUAUAUGAAUUAUAGUCAUACAGUAUGAAUUAACCCCUUCACGAACACAGUCUGUUAAAUCAUGUGGAGCCCUUACUUAAGGGGAGGGGCAUAAGUAUAUGUUUGGCAAACGAAAUAGCAAGCACUCUAAACAGAGGACUUGUGAAGAGAGAGAGACGUUACAUCUAGGUUGUAAAACCUAGUUUUGAGAAGACCAUCCUGCUGCAAAACAUAUGUCUUGUAAAGACACACUGUUCAUCCAUAGUUGAGUGUGCUUUAACACCAAUUGGGCAGAUCUUACCCUGCGACUCGUAAGCCAGGGCAAUCGCAUCAGCGAUCCAGUGAGAAAGUCUUUGCUUGGAGACAGACAUUCCUUUUGUGCAUCCUCCAUAGCACACAAGAGCUGAUCAGACAGUCUGAACUGGCGGGUGCGCUCAACGUAUGCAUGUAGCGCCCGCACAGGGCAUAACAUGGAUUGUUCCUCAUCCGAAAUAAAUAAAGGAGGGAAGAAAGCUUGAAUAUGAACCACCUGCGCUCUGAAGGGCGUGGUUAGAACCUUAGGCACAUAGCCUUUUCUGGGUUUGACAGUGGCUUUUGGAAGACCGGGGCCAAAAUCCAGACAUGAAUUUUCAAUUGAUAGUGCAUGUAAGUCACCGACCCGUUUUACUGAGGCCAGAGCCAGCAGGAGUGUGGUCUUAAUGGAGUGCAUGCGCAAAUCAACAGAGUCCAAAGGCUCGAAGGGUGGCCCUGCAAGCGCUUUUAGGACCAAAGUUAGGUCCCAAGUUGGGACUGUAGCCUGCCGAGGUGGAUUUAAUCAUCUUGUUCCUCUAAGGAACUUUAUGAUUAAAUCAUUCUUGCCUAUAGUGGCGGUGGCUUCAGGUGCGUGAUACACAGAAAUAGUCGCCACAUAAACUUUGAGCGUUGAUGGAGUAGGUCCUACGUCUAAUCGCUCUUGAAGAAAUAUGAUUGAAUAAUUUCAUGCAUAAGGCAGUUUACUGGGUCGUUGGCAUGUGAAAAACACCUAUCAGUGAACACAUUCCAUUUUAGCUCGUAGAGGCAUCUCGUGGGCGGCGCUCUAGCCUGUAAAAUGGUGUUUAUGACUGCAUGUGUCAGUUCUGACGUGUUUAGCACACUCCGUUCAAGGGCCACCACAUGCAGGUUCCACAGCUUGGGCUGGGGAUGCCAGAUUGUGCCUUGUGCCUGAGAGAGGAGAGCCCUCUUCAGCGAUAUUUCCCAUGGCAAGCUGUAUAACAUCUCUAUCAUUUCCGGAAACCAUGACUGAUUGACCCAUUUCGGCGCAAUUAACAGAACUGUUUCCAUGUCCACUCAUACUUUGCUGAUGACAGAAUGAAGGAGGCACACAGGGAAAGCGCAUACUUGCGUUUCGCCGGCCAUAAGUGGGCCAGCGUUUCAUGGCAACAUAUAUACCCCACUAUUGUGUUGUCCGAACGAAUCAGAAUGUGGUGAUUCACAAUAUCUCUAGGCGGUUGACAUGUCACGGCCGUUUCGCACCUGUUUCCAGGUGUUGAAUGUCGGGCGUCCAUUACACUCCACGCCCCAACCUGUGUUGGAUUUGCGGUCAGCACUUUCUUUCUGAAAACUUGACCCAGCAUAACACCUUGUUGGUAGAAGGCUGGCACUGUCCAUGGUGCUAGAGCAGCCAGACAGUGGCGAGUUACCGCGAUGCACAGGAAAAUGUAAUGACUUCAGGGGUAAUGUUUUUUAAGUUUCAACUGAAACUGAUGAUGAAAGAUGAAUCACUGUCUUGAAGGAAGAAAAUUCUGAGGAAUGGUGUUUGUGCACCUGCUUUUAUAGCGGACAGCUUCGCUCCUAAAAGGGCAGGGCUCAAACACUGUAGCCAAUAUUAGAAUAUUUGCGCUAUUGUAGAAAGGUUUCAACUAGAUUGUGUGGAAAGACAACUCCCCAUAUGCAUUAGCAUGCAAUGUCAAGUGUACUGAGUCAUAAGGGACCUUCAACGUUAUCUCGGGGCGGCAAUCGGAAGCAAUAAGCAGUGGAUUGAAUGAGCUAUAUACGAGUAAAAAUUUAACUAAUUUAAUUAUGAUUUUUAUAAUUCCAUUGAUUUUCUGCUCAUGUCUGACAAGCAAUUUUGGGGGUGAAAGUAUGUUACAUGGGAAGGCACUGCCCACUAAUGGCCAUCCCUGGUGAUGGCCCUGAAUUUUGAAACUAUCCUGAUUGAAAAUAAAUGGAGUCGAAGAGUCGAUUCCAUCGACUCCAGUGGCUGGUGUCGGGAAUCGGAGUCGACUCAAAAAAACUUGAACUCGAACACCCCUAUUGUAAAUGACUGUGGAGUAGCUGCAAACUCACUCAGGACUGCUGAGACCAUUGAUCGUAGUGCCUCUUCUCAGUAUAUAGAUUAUGAUGAUUUCUUUACAGUAAACUCUCCAUGGGACCCUCCAAAUGAUAGAACUGGACCUUUUUGUAGAUGUUUGUACUUGUAUAAUAUAUACAAGUAUGAUGUACAGUAAUUUAAAACAAUAUGUUAUAUACCAUGUUUGUAAACUAGUUAUUUUUAAAAUAGCUAUUUAAUGUUGAUCAAGGAACAAUCUGAUAAAAGCUAUUUGUUUAUUCUUGAUGACGCUGAUGGAAAUGUACAGUAUUUGUAUGUGUUAUGUUUGUAUAAUGAAAGAAUAAUGAAAUCAUGUCAUGCAUUUCAGAUUUCAGUUUCAAAAAGUUCAUUCUAGAACAUAGAUUGCAUGGGGAAUUCUGGAACUAGAGACAAUUUGAAGUUUGUAUUUCAGCCUACUAGAAAUUCACCAAAGCACAAUCAAACAUAGGGCAUCCCUGCAGUGCAGUAUCAUCUAAUAUACUGUAGGUCAGGGGGUUCUGACGGUCUGCAGUGUUAGAUGUACAACAGCUAAAAACUACUGCUGUGACAGACACAAAUAACACUGCGUAGGACAUUAUACAUAGUACAACCUCACAAAUACCACUAUGACAACCAGUCUUUACAUUUUACAACAGUUUAAGUGAUAGACCAUCAGCACCAGGGCUGUAACCGCAAUAUACUUUGAGGGGGAAAAGUCCCCUCCAAUAAUCAGGUAUGGCCACAAAUAAAUUGAAUGAGAUCGACAAAUAAAUGUAAGGAGUUUCACAAAAAUGAAAUUAAUUCACAAAUAAAAAGAAUGAGAUUUAUAAAUAUAUGUUGGGAGUUUCACAAAAAUUAAGUGAAUUCACAAAUAAAUAAAAUGAGAUUUCCAAAUAAAAAAAUUAUUUCCAAAUAUAUAUUAUUUUUAACUUACAAGCACAACUCUGUCCAACAUUCAUUUGUGAAUCGUGCGCAUUUAUUUGUGGAUCGCUUCCUGUGCAUUGUCGGAUUGCUACACGCAUUUGUCGAUUUUGAAACAAAUCUAGUGUCAAGAUAUGCACACAAAUCUACAAAUAGGUGGACUCCACCCAUCGUCUACUCAAGCCAGUCAGAUAACGGCUAUAUUACUCGGACCAAUCGUAGCACGUUCUAUUUUCAACCAACCAUGCUUCAUUUUAUUAUAAGGGCGG